UGGGCUUGGAUUUUUCUGGGUCAAUUCUUGGGCUGUGCGAUUGCCAUCCCAUGUCGAAUUACUUGGCAGCGUCAGAGAUGCGGACUUUUUUCCUCUUUUUUUUCUUCUUUUCUUUUUCUUUUCCUGUUCAGAAGCCCUAAACCAAGCGGGUUGCAGAAGUAAAGUUCCGGUUGAGUCUUUGGUGGCUUGUCUCCGCUGGCUGUUAGUGGCCUUGCUGCUGAAUUUUCAGAUCACCCUUCCCCACCCGGCACGUGCAGUACACUAGAAGGGCAAAGGAGUUUCCCACCAAAAUCCAACGACGCACGAUCCAUCCGGUCGCGUUGGGCUUCGUUGAACAGGUCUGACGCACAAACGCAUACAGUCGGAUUAUUACUGCUAGAAAUCUAAAGUAGCCAUGUAUUGGGAAAACCAACGCUGUCUGGCCUGAAGCAAGCGAGCAGCAACGUUUUAAUGUCAACACCGACUUAGCCCCUGGAAGCCAGGUAAUCCGUGCGCCGAUCCCCUGUAUCAAGCAACAGAAAUUUCAGCGUGCCAGCACUUGAGGAAACGAUUCUGGGAUUCGACGGGCAAGUUUGCUCGCAGUCUUCGGGGGGAAACAAAAAUCAAGCAGUGUCAAUCAAUCAAUCGACCGACAGUGCCCAGACUGGACGGCGGGAAUUGGUCGAUACCUAGGGUAUUUAAAAAGGGACCACAGUGCACGCGAACCGCCCGAUAACCACCAGCCCGACAUCCCGAACACGCCGCUCCAGUUCCUCACACAACAGAACCUGCCAGGAGCUGCUAUGCGAAGAUGCUUAGCGACGAUGAAAUCAGCCGGGCCGGCGCCCAGUUAAGAAAUUACCAGCAGGACGACACUCUGUCCCAAAUCCUCGAACGCUACGGUGCCCUGAUUGAAGAUUACAAGCGGCUCAAGAGCGACUAUGAAGAGGAGCGGGAUGCGAGGGAGCGGUACAAACAGAUGGCAAAGGGCCAGGACCGGAACCCGUUCGUUCUCGUGCUAAUCGACGGCGACGGCUACGUCUUCAACGACAAUCUGGUGGAUAAGAGCAACCCAGAUGCCGGUCGAAACGCCGCCCACCUGCUCCACGACCGCGUCCAGGAGAGCCUUCGCCGAAAGGGACUGGAGCACUGUGCGGUCAUGGUGAGGGUAUAUGCAAAUGUGGCCGGCCUGUCAAAGGUUCUCGCCAAGGCUGGACUGGUAGGCCAGGAGGGCCGGUCUUUGAGUCCCUUUGUUGCCAACUUCAACAAAUCGUAUGGCCUCUUCGACUUUGUCGAUGCCGGUCCGCUCAAGGAGAAUGCCGAUUUCAAGCUCCGAGCCAUGUUGAAGCUCCACGCCGAGAAUGCCCAGUGCAAGCACAUAUACUUUGCAGCCUGCCAUGAUGUCGGCUACAUUUCAGAACUUACGUCCUUUGUCGGAAAGAGGGAUCUCUUUACGCUGAUCAAGACCCCUGGUAUCAACUUUCAUGACGAAUACACAAAGCUAGGUCUUGGAGUGGAGGAGCUCCACGGUGUCUUUAGGCCUACACCGCUCAGCUUCCCUGUGCCAUCUACUUUUGCCCGGGCUGCUAGCAUGCCUUCCUCCAAGACCGAAGCAUCACCUUUGGCUCAAGGCGCUUCAAAGAUUGUAAAAACGCCAUCGCCAGAUAAUAAUAAAAACGGCAACACCAUCAACAAUAACAAGCCAGCCAACGGGCAGGGAACGUUUACAAAGUCUGCAGAAGCAGGCGCCGGCGCCGCUGUCUGCCAACACCACCUAGCAGGACGCUGCUCAUUUGGCCAAAAGUGCAGAAACUUGCACGUAAGCGGUUCAGCCCGCACUAACGCGGCGUGGCGGGACGGCCCUGCCCAGGCAAAGUCGCCGGACCACGCGAAGCAGGCUUCCUCUCCCGACGAGUUUAGGAACCUCCCAAACAAGGAAGAUAUUCCCUUAGGCCACGUCGCAGUCAACGAGAUGGGUUUCCGUCUCGACCCGUACCUGCCUCCCUCUAGCGUGCAGGCGGCCGAGGUUAUCAAGUCGCGGGCAAGUAGGGUAUGUAACAUCUUCCACCUGACGGGCGAUUGUCCCAAAGGGCAGGAUGAAUGCGAAUACGAUCACAGUCCCUUAAGCGAGCACCUCAAGAAGGGUGUGGAAUACCUAUCCCGGACAUUCUUUUGUCACCAUGGAGGUUCUUGCAGGGAUCCCGAGUGUAUACAGGGACAUAUUUGUCAGCUGGCGGACUGCCAAAAGAGGGGCGGGCGGAGGCCCUGCAAGAUCCGGCAGUCUGCCCACCUGGAGAAGCUAUUUCCCGUGCAAUACGUACCCGGAAUCGCGAGAUCACGUGGUUCUCGAAAAGGCAGCAUCAGCGACCUGUACAGUUACAACGACAUGCAAACCCACCGCCGAGGCAGUUCGCAGAGCCCAUCAAUUGAGACUGCGGAUGCGGGUGCGAGGUUGGGAGGAGCAGUUUUAAUUUGACUUCAUACGGCAAAACAGACGUACGUUUCGGCAGAAAUGGUUUACGUGGUAUGGGUUGGCGCCAUCUCAAGCUUUUUUGUGCGAGUCGGAUGGAUCCGCGGACCGAGUGCUGUAAAGAUGGCAUCCAAUACAAAGUUGAGAACAAAGUUUAUACCAGUAGUAAGUCUGAUGGAGAAUAAGAAAGAGAUGGAACCCGAAAAGAUAUCAAUGGUUUGUGCUGGAAACCCUCUGAAGAAAUGCAACGCCAGAGUUCCCUGAUCGAACCCUGGCAAGGUAGGGAUAACCUGGCCUGCAAAAGAAAAGCUGUCACGGGCUUUACUACGGUACUAUCUGCCUGAGGAAUGGGUGAGGCAUGAAAAGCCACUGGAAACCUGUCUUGAAAAAGGCGUUGGAUUAUUGGGGUUUAUCGAGGGUUGAUAUUUAACGAUCGAAGCCGCAGGGGUAACAUGUUCGCGAUACAUCAAAGUGUAUUGUUCAGUUAAAUAACCGUUACUUGAAAAAAUGAUCUCGAUGCGUGCUUGGCCAAAUCACCAAAUCCUGCUUGCUAUUUGUCUACAGGUACCUGACCUGUUGGUGACGGCUACACUUGGUAAUCAA